AUGGUUCUCUUCUUCAGCUGGCCUGGUUAUGCUGAGGAGGACGCAGAGGGUCUCUCCUGCCCAGAGUACCAGGAGGGUUUUGACGGCUCUUGCUACGAGUUUGUGGCUAUGCAGCACUCCUUCCUCAGUGCCCAGGGAUGGUGUGAGCGAGGCGGAGGACACCUGGCCUUCAUCCUGAACGAUGAGACACAGCAGUUCCUUCAGAAGCAUCUGGAGCCAGGGGAGGAUUGGUGGCUCGGGCUGGCACCCGCAGCCCCGAACCUCACGCUCGACUCUGCUGCCACAGAGGGUUCCCUUGCGUGGCUGGAUGGCUCAGAUGUCAGUUAUAGUAACUGGAUGAACAUGCCAGAUACACAAGCAGCCUGUGGGCACAUCCUGAGACAUUCAGGGUUCCAGUGGGAAGCCACAGGGAACUGUAGCCAGGAACUCAACUUCAUUUGCCAGUUUGAUUCUGGGAGAUCUAUCGCAUGCGAUGGCAAAAAUGCAACACUGCAAUGUGGUUCUGGUCAAGUUAUAGAGAUAGAUGACAGCUUCUAUGGCCGAAAAACAAUUCACUACUGCCGAUCCAAACUCACAGCCUUGCCCUCAUCCUCCCAGGAGGAGUGCAGCUGGAUAGAUGUGAUGGAUUCUGUAACAGCUCAUUGCCACGGCCUGCAGGCUUGCCAGGCCCCAGUGGAUCUGAGCUCUUUUGGUGAACCAUGUCCUGCGCUGGGAAGUUACCUGUCUGUGGAGUACAGCUGCAAACAUGGACUCCUCCUGCUGAUGACUAAGCUGGCGGCCGUCUUUGAUAAUGUCACCAUCACUGUGAAGUGGCUCCUUCAUCCUUUUCAGGGAAACCUCACGUGCACAUUGCAUGCUGGCGAUGGCCACACUAUUGAUCCAUACAGCCCAGUAGAGAUGGAGAGCACUGUGAUGCACAAAUUCAGCCAUCCUGGUGUUUUUAUGGUUGGAGUGGAGUGCACUACCAGUGAAUGGCAUGUCACAGCCCAGAAAGCCAUAACCAUUCAGGAGCCUGUUGGACAGUUUGGUGUUAUUAAGUGCAAUGGCAGGAAUAUAUCAAUAGGUGGCACUAAAUGCAAUGCACUCUAUGGCAGGCCUGUUCAGAUUGAGGUUAUGGUGGAGACAGGUACAAAUGUUUCUUACACAAUUCAACACGAAGACCACUUGGUCGCAAACUCGUCCGUGGAGAGCGGGAUCACACCUCACAACAUUACACUAAGUGCAGGCGUGGUGGAGAAGCUUGGACAUGGCUGUCACAACAUGACUCUGGCUGCCUCUAACGGGGUCACAACCCACACAGUGUCCACUGGUCUAGAGCUGUGUCUGCUGGAACCUGUCGAGGGCUUGCAGUCCUCGGUGAUAGCAGAGGACGACGAUUGUCCCAACUCUGCUGAUCUCAUCAUUGGUGUUUCGUUGGCACAAGGAGCCCCUGUGGAGCUGCUCUUCACUCUGACUGGAGCCAGGGACUCUCUCUCUGAGACCAGAGGCAUGCUCAACGGGAGCUUUCAAGUUUAUACAUUCUCCAGCCCACUGCAAGGAUUGUUGAAGGUGAACGUACGAGCUGUGAAUGCUUUCUCUGACUCUGAUGUGGACGUGGACUUAGAGAACAUACUUCAGGCUUGCCAGAAUUACUCUGACCAUUCACUUGAUGAAAAUGGAGACACAACGGGUAAUAUGAGUGUCGACAACUCUGAUUUGAAAAUAAUUGCUGCUCCAGAGGCUUUGGUUGACGACUCUCAGAGUGUCACACUGAGCGCAACUGGAACCGAAUCACUACCCAGCAAAGGACUCGCAUUUGAAUGGAAAUGUAGCAAGAAGGUGCCAGGUUUUGCCAAGUACACGCUUCCAAUACCAGGUCCUGAGCCAACUGAGCAGGCUUCAACUGAUGCACCUACAGAGCCCAGCACCCCCUCAUGUAGCAUCUCUCCACCGUCAGGAACAGUUCUCGAUGCUUUUGACAUUACCUGCAAACCAAGUGCUUUCUGCUCCGCAGGCUGUUUUUAUUGCUUCACAACAGACACGGGCCAACAUCUGCGCUGCAGUAAUGCACACGAGGUGAAAUCUGUCUUCCUGCCUCUCGGAGAUAAGAACAACAAUUACAGUUUGUCUGUUGUGGUGACUGUGAAAAAUGAAUAUGCGAAAGCCACCACAACUGUCUCCACUCAGGUGCGGACAAGCAGCUCCAGCUCCUCAGUGGAGGCUCUGCAGUCUGCAGUGGAGGAUACUGUGGGUCAGUUAGAGCAGCAGGGUCUGCUCUCCGGUGAGGCUCUUGGACAAAUAUUUACUUCAGUUUCUGAUAUGCUGAACGCAGAGGCCGGCCAAGAUCAGAAGGAUGCAAGGACGAAGCUCAGAGAGCAAAUGCUGACCAGAAUGACCACAGUCCUGCUGGACUCACCCAACAACACAACUCAGGAAGUGCAAGUGACGGCCAGAGCCGUGGCUGGACUCACCCACCGCCCAGAUGAACUCAGUCCCAUUGCUCAAGAAGAAGCGGGUUCAUUGUUGGUAGACCUCAGCUCCUCCCUCAACUUUAUCAGUGUUAAUCAGGACGAUGGAGAUGAUGGAGAAGUAGUGCAAGCAGCUACACCAAUAGUUGAAGCAGCCAGUAAUAUCUUGAAUGUUUCAUCAAAUAUAUAAUAUGUUUUUUUUCAGAAAAAAGUCUCAGAUUUUCUUCUCACUGGGAUAAACAAUGUUCAAAGUGCUUUGCUGAAUAAAAGAAAGCUGAAUGGAGACCCUGCCAUCAUUGAUUCUGGUCAAAUCAGUGUCUACGUCAACAGAGUGUCUCCAGAAAAGAUGAAAAUGCAGGAUAUAAAUGUCCAGAAGAACAGCUCCUCCAGAUUUUCCUUUCCAACACUGCCUGCUCAUAUUGUCUCUCCAGAGGAGCCAGUGGAUGUCAGAAUGAUGAGUUUUGAGACGAAUCCAUAUUCAUGGAAGGAGGAAAACAUCACUGGAACUGUAGGAUCCGUCUCUCUGACCAGAGUGGACGGCACUGUCAUCCCUGUACAGGACUUACCUGAAGAGAUAGAGAUUCUUCUACCACGGCUUGACGUUGGCCAGGAGAACAGUACAGUCCUGGACCUUGCCAAUUUCAGCACAUUAAUAAUUGACGUUCCCUCGCCGGAUGUAACACUGGUGCUGAAAAUGGAGCCAUCUGAAGACAUUUCCUUCAUGCUAUUCCUGGGAUUUAAAGAUUAUCCAAAUGAUGAAAAUUAUGUGGCCAAGACUCAGAUCCCUCGAGAGAAUUCAACAGAAGAGGAGAAAUAUACCUGGGUGCUGAGUCCCAAAGACAGAACAGGAGAUGUUGGAGUGCACUACCUGGUUGUGAAGCCCAUUGUAGAGCCAGGCGUCAAAUCCAUCAAUGCCACUGUCACUGUCAUUUCCAUCGCUGCCCAGUGCAAAUACUGGAAUGAAACUGAGUCUUCUUGGAGUGAAGAUGGCUGCAGGGUCGGUCCACUCACCACGCCUUUGGUCACUCAGUGCCUCUGUAACCACUUAACUUUCUUUGGCAGCUCUUUCUUCGUCAUGCCGAACUUGGUCGACGUGUCACGCACUGCAGAACUUUUCGCUACAUUCACUAAUAAUCCUGUGGUGGUGUGUUUUGUUGGGGCCAUUUUUGCUGCUUAUCUCCUGGUAGUUGUGUGGGCACGCAGGAAAGACAUCCAGGACUCAGCCAAGGUCAAGAUAACAGUGCUUGAGGAUAAUGAUCCCUUGGCUGAGUAUCGUUACAUGCUGAAUUUCAGCACAGGGCAUCGGCACGGUGCAGCCACCUCCUCUCAGGUGACGAUUACUCUGCAGGGUACGGAGGGAGAAAGUGAGCCCCACCACCUGACAGACCCCGAGAAGCCAGUGUUUGAGAGGGGUGGCGCGGACAUGUUUCUGCUGACCACACACUUUUCUCUUGGAGAUCUGCAGAGCAUCAGACUGUGGCACGACAACUCUGGAGCACACCCUGCAUGGUAUGUCAACAAAGUAAUGGUGCAGGAUCUGGAUAGUGGUCAGAAAUGGCACUUCUUGUGUAACUCCUGGCUGGCUGUAGAUGUGGGAGAGUGCACUCUUGACAAGGUCUUCCCAGUCGCCACGGAGAUGGAUUUGAAGAGGUUUAGUAACCUGUUCUUCAUGAAGACAGCCAAGGAUUUCCGUGAUGGCCACAUUUGGUUCUCUGUCAUCAGUCGGCCUCCCUGCAGCACGUUCACACGUGUGCAGCGAGUAUCCUGCUGUUUUUCUCUGCUGCUGUGCACCAUGCUGACCAGCAUCAUGUUUUGGGGCAUCCCUGCUGACCCCUCUGAGCAGACCAUGGACCUUGGCCACAUCGAAUUUACCUGGCAACAAGUUAUGAUCGGAGUUCAAAGUUCAAUCAUCAUGUUUCCCAUCAAUCUCCUCAUUGUGAGUAUCUUCAGAAACACUCGUCCUCGAGAGAAAGCCGCCAAAACAGACACUUCCAAUCAGGGGAAGACUGGCCGAGUUUCUCCCUCACAGACUUCUUCCCCUCAGAAAGAGUUGAAGGACAUUACACCAGACACGGUGAUCAAGGAUAUAAAGAGAAUUGCUCAGUCACUUUCAAAGGCCAUGAAAAGUCCGCUGCCCGACCUGGAGCUCCGGCCUGGUCAGGCUGACAUCAACGCUCUGCUGUCUCUGGUGGAGGACAUCAUCAGACAGCAGAACCAGGCGGCUGGAGACUUCUACACUGACGCCUCAAAGAGGGAGCAAUCUGCGAUCCUCAGUUUACGUGCAGUUAAUCUACAAGAAAACAGUGUGUGUGGAAGCCCUGAGAAGACCUCAGACGAAGUUCAGAAGAAGAGCAACAACAGCAGGUACCUGUACAGGCAGCUGCGCCAUGUUGAGAAGGAGCUGGGGUUGUUGGGACCAUCUCGCUUUCCAAACCCAGGCAGCUACAACCGAGCCAUGCAGCAAGUUCAGGGAAUGAAGGGCCUCCUGGAGCGCAACCUCCCCUCGUCCACCCUAGACGGAGACCAGCUCGAUGGCAGCCCCAGUCCAGAGGAGAGCGUCAACGGAGACUCUGCCAAGAAGUGCUGUCAAGGAGGGCUGCCAUGGUGGUUUGUGUUUGUUGGCUGGAUACUGGUGAUUGCAACCAGUGGUGUGUCGGGAUACUUCACUAUGAUGUAUGGGCUGACGUACGGGAAAGAUCGCUCUAUAAGCUGGCUCAUCUCCAUGUUGGUCUCCUUCUUUGAGAGUCUCUUUAUCACUCAGCCUCUGAAGGUUCUUGGUUUUGCUGCUUUCUUUGCUCUUGUUCUGAAGAAAGUCGACCAGGAGGAGUACGGAGAGCCUCAGAUAGAUGAGAGUCUAAGAAACGCAGCUGAUCCUGACGCAGUGCGUGCAGCAAGAAGAGACAGCACAUGCAGUUUCUAUCAGCCACCACCUCCCACUGACAUUGAGAGGAUGAGGAACAACAUGGUAAAAGAGCAGAAAGUCUUCGCUCUCAUAAGAGAGAUUCUUGCCUACAUGGGAUUUAUGUGGAUGUUGCUCCUGCUGGCGUACGGUCAGAGGGACCCCAACGCUUACUUUCUGACACAACACAUCCGGCAGAGCUUCAGCAAAGAGAUCUCAGACAGUAUGAGUAUUCAGGAUGUGUUUAACUGGGCAAACACAACUCUGCUAAGCAACCUGUUUGGAGAACACCCAGGAUUCAUCACAGAUGGAAACUCCAAGCUGGUGGGUAACGCUCGUCUUCGCCAGGUGAGGGUGCAUAAAAACUCGUGCCACGUGGCUCCCUCCAUGCAGCAGUCUGGGCGGGACUGCCACGCUCCGUACUCGUGGGAGUUGGAGGACAUGGGCUCCUACGGUCCAGGCUGGAGCCACUUUGUGGGUGAUAAUGCCUCACUGAACCUCCACAGCCCGUGGACGUACCAGUCGCAGGGUAAACUGAGGGCCUACCCCAUCUGGGGUAGCGUGAUGCUCUACAGAGGAGGAGGGUUUGUGGUCGAUCUGGGGCCAGAUUUACAAAAUUCCAGCAGAUCCCUUCAGUACCUUUAUGACAACACCUGGUUGGAUGUGUACACCCAAGCGGUCUUUGUGGAGUUCACUGUGUACAACGCCAACGUCAACCUCUUCUGCAUUGUCACACUCAUGCUGGAGACCACAGCCAUCGGAGCUUUCCAGUUCCGCAGUGAGCUUCAGAGUGUGCGUCUGUACCAGUCAACCGGUGGCCUUCACAUCUUUGUCAUGGCUUCUGAAGCCAUCUACUUCCUCUUCAUCAUCUAUUACAUGUUUGUCCAGGGAAAGCUCAUGAAGCAACAGAGAUGGACUUAUUUCAAGAGUAAGUGGAACCUGUUGGAGCUGGCGAUUAUCAUUCUCAGCUGGAGCGCGCUGUCUGUCUUCAUCAAGAGGACUUUACUGGGUUUGCGGGAUAUGGAAUACUACCAGAACAACAAAGACCAAUACGCCAGUUUCCAUGAGACAGCCAAGGCUGAUGCAGUGCUGGGGUAUCUGAUUGCCUUCCUGGUGCUGUUGGCUACAAUCAAACUAUGGCACCUACUGAGACUGAACCCAAAGCUGCAAAUGAUCACAGCCACGCUGCAGCGAGCCUGGACUGAUAUUUCAGGCUUCCUGGUGGUCAUGACCAUCAUGUUCCUGGCCUACUCCAUUGCUUCUAACCUGAUGUACGGGUGGAAGCUAUACUCCUAUCGAACCCUGCUGGAUGCUGCACAGACCAUGAUCAGCCUGCAGCUUGGCAUUUUUAACUACGAGGAGGUUCUGAAUUACAAUCCAGUGCUUGGCGCUUUCCUCAUUGGCUCCUGCAUUGUGUUCAUGACCUUUGUGGUGCUGAACCUCUUCAUCUCUGUCAUUCUGGUGGCAUUCAGUCAAGAGCAGAUACAUCACAAGCCAUCAGAAGAGGAUGAGAUUGUGGACCUGAUGCUGAUGAAACUCUGCAGUUUGUUCGGACUCAAAUGUAAGAAACAAGAUGGCGUAUGCCUACCUGAGAGGCCAGUUAUUUCAUCUGCUUCAAAUGAUGGACUCUCAACGAUUUCUUGA